AUGCGUUAUACCACUUCCUUCGCCCUGGCUCUCGCCAGCCUGUCCUUGACCAGUGCCGCGCCCCUCGAGGCCCGCCAGAACGCCUGCUUCGUGGUGGGCAAGACGGCCCUCCCGGCCGAGGUGCAGGACUCUGUCACGGCGAUCCAGUCCGCGGUCACCUGCGGAUCGACGACGACCAUUGACAACGUCCCGGACGUCACCUCUGGUUCUGUCAGCUUCAGCCAAGUCGACUUCUCCCAAUCAAAGUCCAGCCCGCUGCAGUUCGCCCUCGACACCUUCGCCACCGCCGCCAACCCGGCCGACUCGGACCUGGCCACCCUGCAGGACCAGCUCAACGUCUACCUGGCCACCGAGGCCGGCCUGCGCAGUGUUGGCGGCAGCUUGGCUAUCAAGGUCCCUAAGUUCUUCUUGGCCAUGCAGGUUAGCAGGGUCCAGACUGCUCAGGGCAACCCGCCUGCUGCUGCGGGUCAACAAGUUGACCACCUCAGGGACAAGGUCAUUAAGAACGCAGCUGGGGAGAGUCAGGCUUUGCUGGACCAGGUCACUCAGCUGGCGGCCACGACCUAG